AGAGAGCCCCCGCCUACCGCAGCAGGACGGGCUGGCCGCGGAUGCACGCUGUGCCGCGGGGGCUCCCUUCACCCCGGGGCAGGGCGGUUACCAGAGCAGGCGGUACCGGGGCUGCCCCACGGGGCGGCGGCGGCCGCUCUGAGGCGCUCCCCUGGAUGUGGGGCUUCCUCUCCUCUCCUCUCCUCUCUCGCACCGGUCCUUCUCUGCCUGCUAAGCGACUACAUUUCCCAGCACUUCCCUCUUCCGAGGGGAGCCUCGCUGGCUCUCGUCAUCUCUCUCCCUCGCAGGGGGCUCGGCGCGGUGGGGCGGAGCUCGGCAGCCCCGAACCCACGGCCCCGCAGCCCCCCCGCUCCCCGCCACACUCCCCGUGCAGGCGCGGAGCUCGGCGGCGGCGUUGUCGAGCGGGGCGGCGGGCAGCGCCAUGCAGGCGGCCGCCUGCCUCUUUUCUUUGGUGCUCUGCGCCCUGCCCGCUGCUCCAGGAGGAGCUGGGCGGCGGGGUGAGAGCCGCUUCGCGGAGCGGGAGAGCAUCAGGCCCCUGCGGCUGGUCGGAGAGGGCGGCGGCGGGGGGCGGCGGCCGGCACUGAGUACGCGAGUGCGGAGCGGCGCGGCGCGGACGCAGUCUACCCACAUUGCUCGAGCCAGCUUCCAAGUUGAUGCUUUUGGAUCAUCUUUCAUCCUAGAUGUGACGCUAAACCAUGACCUAUUGUCUUCUGAAUAUCUUGAGAGGCAUAUCGAGCAAGGUGGGAAGACAGUGGAAGUGAAAGGAGGAGAACAUUGCUAUUAUCAGGGAGAAAUUCGAGGAAAUCCUGUAUCAUUUGUUGCCUUGUCAACAUGCCAUGGAUUACAUGGGAUGUUCUAUGAUGGAAAUCAUACUUACCUUAUUGAGCCAGAUGAAAACUACACUUCAGAUGAUGACUUCCAUUUCCAUUCUGUUUACAAAUCCAAGUUGUUUGAAUUUCCUUCAGAUGACCUGCCAUCUGAGUUCUGGCAGAUGAAUGCAACAUCACAGAAAUUUGUUUUAAAGCCAAGAUACAAAAGAAGUAAAAGGCAGGUUCGUCGGAUUCCACGUAAAGUUGAAGAGGAAACAAAAUACAUUGAGUUGAUGAUUGUAAAUGAUCAUCUAAUGUGUAAAAAGCACCGCUUAUCAGUUGGCCAUACAAACAGCUAUGCUAAAUCGGUUGUGAACAUGGCAGAUUUAAUAUAUAAGGAACAACUUAACACCAGGAUAGUAUUGGUUGCCAUGGAAACCUGGGCUACUGAUAACAAGUUCACCAUAUCUGAAAACCCCUUGGUGACCCUACGUGAAUUUAUGAAAUAUAGGAGGGAUUUUAUCAGAGAGAAAAGUGACGCAGUUCACCUUUUUUCGGGGAGUCGAUUUCAGAGCAGUCGAAGUGGUGUAGCCCAUACUGGUGGGAUCUGCUCCUUACUUAAAGGUGGAGGUGUGAAUGAGUUUGGAAAGCCAGACUUAAUGGCAGUUACCCUGGCUCAGACCUUGGCCCAAAACAUUGGCAUUUUCUCAGACAGAAGAAAAACUAUAAGUGGUGAGUGUAAGUGUGAGGACACAUGGUCUGGAUGCAUAAUGGGAGACAUGGGGUAUUAUCUUCCAAGCAAGUUCUCCAAGUGCGAUAUUGAAGAGUAUCAUGAAUUUUUAAACAAUGGAGGUGGAGCCUGCCUUUUCAAUAAACCAACCAAACUUCUGGAUCCUCCAGAAUGUGGCAAUGGCUUUGUGGAAGAUGGAGAAGAGUGUGACUGUGGGACAAUCGCGGAGUGUGCCAGCGAAGGAGGAGAGUGCUGCAAUACUUGCACCCUAACGGCAGGCUCCCAGUGCAGCAACGGGCUUUGCUGUCGGAAGUGCCGGUUUGAACCUAAAGGAGUUUUGUGCCGAGAAGCAGUGAAUGACUGUGAUAUUGCAGAGAACUGCACAGGAAAUUCCAGUCAGUGUUCUCCCAAUAUUCAUAAAAUGGAUGGCUAUUCAUGUGAUAACCAGCAGGGUAUUUGUUUUGGAGGAAGAUGUAAAACCAGGGACCGGCAGUGUAAAUAUAUCUGGGGUGAAAAAGUGACAGCUGCUGACAAGUACUGCUAUGAGAAGCUGAAUAUUGAAGGGACUGAGAAAGGAAACUGUGGAAGAGACAAAGACUCUUGGAUACAGUGCAACAAACAGGAUGUGCUUUGUGGAUACCUUCUGUGCUCCAAUAUAUCCAGUGUGCCCAGACUUGGAGAACUUGAUGGUGAAAUCACAUCGUCAAUCCUGCAGUUUGGAAAAGUCUACAAUUGCAGUGGUGGCCAUGUGAAGCUUGAUGAGGAGACGGACCUGGGCUAUGUGGAGAAUGGGACGCCUUGUGGGCCAAACAUGGUUUGCCUUGAGCAUCGCUGCCUCCCCAUCAAGGCCUUCAACUUCAGUACCUGUCCAGGCACCACAGACAGCCAAAUUUGUUCAGGACACGGCGUUUGUAGCAAUGAAAUAAAGUGUGUCUGUGACCGAUUCUGGGGAGGAGAAGAUUGCAGUUCUCGCAUCAAAGAUGAUCUAUAUUUUGAUAAAGAUGCUAUCAAUAAAGGUGUUGUUAGCACAAAUAUAAUAAUAGGGGCUAUUGCUGGCACCAUUUUAGUGUUGGCUCUCGUUUUAGGAAUAACUGGUUGGGGUUACAAAAACUACAGAAGGCAGAGACAAAUACCCCAGGGAGAUUAUGUAAAAAAGCCUGGAGAGGCCGACUCUUUUUAUAGCGACAUGCCUCCUGGAGUCAGCACAAACUCUGCAUCUAGUUCUAAGAAGAGGUCUGCUUUUCUGUCGCAUUUUCAGAUUUCUACCUGUUCCAUCACCCAUUAUUCCAUUAGUCAGAACAUUUCAUUGUUUUGCAGCAGGUCAAAUGGAUUAUCUCAUUCCUGGAGUGAAAGGAUCCCAGACACAAAACAUAUUUCAGACAUUUGUGAAAAUGGGAGGCCUAGGAGUAAUUCUUGGCAAGGUAAUAUAGGAGGAAACAGAAAGAAAGUCAGAGGCAAAAGAUUUAGGCCACGGUCUAAUUCAACUGACAGGGUAACCCAUGCAUCUGAGCCUGGGCUUUCUCUCGCCCACCAAACCCCGGCCCAAGGCAUAAGCCCAGGGGGUUCUGAUCACCCCCAAACAGGGAGUCGGGAUCACAGGUAUUUAAACCCAUGGUUCAAAAGAGAAUAUAAUGUAGCUAAGUGGGUAGAAGAUGUGAAUAAAAACACAGAAGGACCAUACUUUAGGACACUGUCUCCUGCAAAGUCUCCAUCUUCGUCCACUGGAUCUAUUGCUUCCAGCAGAAAAUACCCUUACCCAAUGCCACCUCUUCCUGACGAGGAGAAAAAAGCCAACAGGCAAAGUGCCAGGCUAUGGGAGACGUCCAUUUAGCUGCACCGUACUCCUGGGGUGACAUCAGAACUGUUUACUUGGAAUUUUAUAGAAACUCAGCAUCACUGAGUAAUUGCACAUUCAUCUGCUCUUCAGUCAAUUCGAAAGCUCAACAGAGAUGCCCGUGAUCACAGUGAGAACCUCCUCUCAUCUGGAAGGGAAAAAAGCCGCUUUUUAUUUUUUAUUUCUUUCUUUUUUGUUGACUGCUAUUUUAUGGAUUUGAUGAACAACCAAAAUCAGAACAAUUAACACGGGAUAAUAGCCCGGAUGUGACAAGGCUAUUCCGCAGGAUGACAGAUCCACUUACCUAGAAUGCCAACUGCAGUCUGUGUGCCAGCCCCGCCUAAUCUCUGGUUUAUUGCAGUCCUGAGUCAGACCACAGUGGAGCCAGGAACGCACCCCCUGGAGGGCCCAGCUGAUGUAACUUAUACGCCAUAUGCAUGAACCUUGUGUUCUUUACUUUCCACAUGUAAGGGAUAAACAACAUACUGUUGUAGAAAUUAGCAUGCAGGAAUAAGAAAUAUAGGAUUUUUUUUUUUUUUUGUGACAGGAUUUCAAGCUUUGAAGGGCAACUAUUUGAUGCAAAUGUCAAACAAACAAGGAUUAUAUCUGGGUUUUUUACUUUACAUGUUUAUAAUCUCCGUAUACAGAUUGUAUAUAUGUAAACAUUUGAUAAUGUCAAAAAUAGCUGUUAUAUACGUAAGUGUAUUUUGCCAAAUGCCUAAAGAAACAGUCAUGACUAACAUCAUCACACUUCAGAUUUUCUAGUAUUACAAGCAGACAUCUUUGGAAAUACAGAAAGUACAGAAAUGUAAACCUGUGUCUCUCAGAAACUGGUGUUUGACCAAAACCUUUUCAGUAUCUUAUACUGUCUUGACAAUCUCAAUUGUAUGGCAGACUGCAGAAACCAGUACAGCAGCACUUUGUUUUAAACCAUCAUAAGAGGACCCACCCAAAAUCCGUGUUUCACUGAGAUGACCAGGGUAUGUCUCACAGGUGUAAUCAAGGCUGAUUCAGCAGACAGCAGAGACAGAAUCUUUAAGUAAUGUGUAGUCCAAACUUACUGGACUUUUGGGAAUACUUCUAAGUAGUCAAUUCAGGAUGUGGUGAUGUGAAGUCCUUCUGGUGAGAGUCACUGUGUAUUUUUGAUAGAGCAUUUCAGACACUGUUUUAGAUGGUGAAGGGUAGCUUAUGAGAAGCAAAGUAUUUCACUGCACUAGAUAAUAACAGUGCUGGGCAAGUAGCCAGUUUCAUUGCUGUCUUUUAACUUUUAUUUGUUACUGGAAUCGCCUUUACCAUGUGCUUGAAUGCUAUGCUUGGUGCCCCUGAACCCCCUUGACAAAUUUGGGGGCAUUAAACUGAGUGCAAGUGAGUUUAGCCUGAAAAAAUGGGGUGAGGGGAAAAAAUCCUUUACCAUGGAGAUGUUAAUCUUGUGUGUAAGUGGAUGGUUAGAUUUCUAACACCCUAAAGAGACUUCUCUAAAGGUUGUUGUAAAACAAAUGUCCUUUGAUGGGGAAUUUUCGGUCAGUAAGAAACUGGACCGUAUUAAAUCUGUUUAUAAUUCUCCAGCUUUCCAAAAUUGACUAAUUCUUUGCUUCAGGUAGUACCACUGCAGAACAAAACACCCAAUUCUGUGUGGUGCCAUUACAUACGUUGCCCAACAGCUGUAUGAUCAAUUAGAUGUUACUGUAACGGGAACAUCGAGGGUGUUUCUGAAUCUUCUACCUCUUUCAUGUGUUUCCUUUAAUGAGUGAACCCAACACUUGCAGCCUUUUAAUAUAUUUUUUUAACUUUUAAGUCUCUCAAUAAAGUCAUAUAUAUGUAAGAUUAAAUUAAGAAAUGUUUAAAGAUGUCAGCAACUGUAAAGUAUGUAAGAUUUUUAGAAGCACUAUAUUUUAUGAUUAGGCUGUACGUUGGACUACGACAAAAUAUUUGCCUUAGUGUUCAAAUGAUUUUCCUUCACGGUUGACAGGUUCUGGUAAGUAUUUUGGGGAAAGACAAGUAUGAGUGAGCGCAGGUGGAUGCAGACAGACCAUCUGGAAGGAGCCAGUCACUCGUAAUUGCUUUAGGAAAGGAUUCUGCACUGUUGUGAAGAGUAAAUAUCCAUCAGCACUGAAGAAUAUUUUUUGCAAAGAUUUACUUUGAGCAUAGGUAACUGGGUUAAAGAUAUUUGGUAGCAUGAAGCUCAUGAAAUUAGGGUCUGAGCCACAAUCGCUUGAAAUCAGUAUGUCUUUUACUGAUUCCACUGGACUUUUUGAGCAGGACCUUCAAAGAGUUCACCCACAGUAGGACAUUAUGCUAAGCCAACAGCUGUUGUAUUAUUCUGUCGCCUGGAAGCAAUUUUCUCUCCUAUGUUAGUAUCCCAUCUUUAGUAACUGGUCUCUUCAUCAUGUGCCUUUUACGGUACUUUGUUUGGAUACAAACUGGCAUGUAAUUUUGAAUAAUCCUGUUAGAUUUCUGUACAUACUUUAUGUUUACCACUGUUUACUCUUCCCUUUCCAUUUUGCCUUAUCCAGAAGCAGCAAGAUUUGGCAGACAGAACUGGAUAUAACAUACUGGCUUUUUGUGUAAUGUUCAUAGCCUCCCGGUUUGCAAACAAGUGGCUCUCCUGACUGUAUUUGCAAUGUAGUAUGUACUUUAGCUUCUCUCUUGUUUUGGUAUAAUUCCUUUGUAGCAUAUGAUUAUCCAGCUGUGUUAUGUAACUCUAACAGCCAGUUUAACACUUGUAGAUAUGUAGUGACUGGAAGUCUAGGUAUGAGCACUGAGUUUGAGUUAAAUACUGACUUUCACUUUGAUGGUCUAGAGUGCAAACAUCACAGGACUUGGGUGCUUGCAGAAUUCUUCUGCAGGGAAUUUUGCAUCAGGUUGGUAACCUGGAGACCUUGUCGUUGCACAAAACCUGAACUGGCAGGGCUGUGUGGGACUCCAAAGCCCACAAAGUGGAGGUUGAAGAGAGAAGUCUUUGGCUUACAUUCUAUGGUUUUCUACUUCUAAAACUUAGUGUGUUGGAAAGCUGCCAGAUUAAUAAGCUUGAAGUUUGCAAGUAUUUUUAUCCACUGUAGUUAGUUACACUGGCAAUAGCAAUAGAAAUUGUCGCGUAAUACCUCAUCCAGUCUAAAAUAUCAGAGUACUUGUAUUGUCAAUAAGAUAGCUCAGUCACUUUGACUCACUGAGACUCAUGGUUUUACUUUGUUUUCAUUUUGAUUUUAAUAAAUGAACUAGUUAUUGCUAGCUAUGCUGUAGAUGCCUGUUGAACUGGAAACAUUACCAGAUCUUCUCAAAUGGAAAUAAUUGCCCAUAUGAGCAUAGGACCUGCAGGACGAGCUGUACUUACGUUAGUGUUAUGUAUUUCAAUGUGGGAGAAGAAUCUUGUAUAAUUUAAAAUAAAAUUAAUAUGCCUAACUGA